UUCAUGAACCAGACGGGUAACUUUUUUUAAGCCUCAAAGGCCCAAAUAUGAUCUACUCCCAUUAAUGGACCUUCCUAGAUCUGGGUUCCUUUGGAAUGAGCCUUAAACGGGUUUAUUUGGGUAAGCGAAAACCUGUAAACCCAGGACCACCAGACUGUUUGACAUCACUCGUAUGAUUAACGUUGUUACAGUCUCUGUUCAUCUGUUUCUACUGCUCUUCUUCUUGUUUUGUACUCGUGCAGCACUAUCAUGUAUUAAAAGGUUCGCCGAUUGGAUUUUGGUCUUCUCAAUGAUUCACAGCUCAAAAAUCGAGAAGAAGCAAAAGCAAUGAAGAAUAUAGAACUCGGGUUUCUAAUAUGUUUUUUCCUCUUCAACCUUCUUUCUCCUUUUUCCUCUGGUAAACAACAAAUCUGCUUCUUUUUUCUUGUUUUGUAGGGUUCAUUAGCUUCAAAUUUUCACUUGGGUGUUCUCUCUUUCAUUGAUAUUGGUGUGGAUUUUAUUUCAUUUUAUUUAUUCAUGGCUUAGGAUUGGAGUUUAGCCAUUAGUUUUUUUUUUUUUUUUUAUGUUGCACAAGUUUAUGCUUUGAAUUGUUGUUGUUUGAUGAAAGGAGAUUGCUUUGGCUUCAAUCAAGUGAAAAGUGAUGUUAACAGGGCUUUGUUCAUUUAUUUGUUUGUUUGUUUUGCUUUAAAUUUUGGGAGAUUUUGUUGAGCAUGGAAUGUAUAUGCUCUUCUUUUUUGGUUAGCUAAUAUCUUAGUGAGUUUAAGCUUAAAAGUUAGCUGCUUUACCCAUGUGUGAUUACUAUCUAUGUAUACAUUACUUUUAACUUGGUUUUGUAUUUUACUUUGAAAAGACGCUCAUUUUUCUGAUGAAUGAAUCCCAAGUAGGGUAAGGUCCCCCUUACCUAAAUAGAGGAAUUUCUAGUUGUUAAAUUUGCCCUCAAAGCUGCACCAUGUUAAAUUCAUUUAUUUUGUAUCUAUGCAAGAGAAACUGGUGGUGUGUGCAUAUCUCAAGGUGGUUCUUUUCCAUCCUUCUCCUCUGAAGGGAAAUCUCCAAAAAAGGUGGGGAAGGGACACAAAGAUUUGACCCUUUGAAGGGUGUUUCGGAAAAUAACUUGCUUUGAUGCUGCCCAGACACAUCCUGCUUUGCUUUCUAUUAGGAGGCUGGCUUUAACAGAAGAAGACAGUCAAGAGUGCUUGCAUUUGUGGGAAUUGCUGGAAUGUUCUAUCUGUGAUCCACGAGUUGGUGUUCAACCUGGACCCCCACUUAUAUGUACAUCCUUCUGUGAUAGAGUGUUUCAGGGUUGCUCUAAUGCUUACUUCUCAAAGGAUGUGAAGGCGCAGGUUCUGGCACCAUGUGGAGUAAAUGACAUUGUUUGUGGUAGAGCAUCUGAAUGGGCAUCCAAUGGAACAGAACUAUGCCUUGCUACAGGUUUUGGUGUCAAACAGCCUGAUUUCAUGCACAGUGGUGUUGAAGAAACAUCUUGUUAUGGUGGCAAAGGCAGUCUUGAUUCAAUUGCUGAUUCAUGGGCAGCUCCACAAUCUGAGAAACUCUACAAAACUGGCAACUUUGAGCUCUUAGAAGAUUUCCAGGAGUGGCUGCAGGAUAUGCCAUCUAAUGAAAGAGUUUCUUGGGCAGUGGGAAGCCUGGUUCUUACAGCAGGCCUCUUGUUUAUAAGCAAACGGAAGAGCCAUAUCCAACGCCAAAAGCUUGCGGCAAUUCAACGCACUGCUAGGAGAAUAGAUGGCAAGUUGAACCAGACAUCCCCUUCUAUUCAGGGAAGUAGGAAAGGAAAUUGACGAUGAACAUCUCUGCCAUUCUUGCAAUUAACUAUCGGAGUUUGAUGUUAAAUCUGGUAUCUAUGCAGUUCACAACUUCUCCACUGAGGGCUAGACUGAUCAAGAUUAAACGAGUCUGUUUAGAUUGAAUGAGGAAUUAAGUGAAUCCUCCAGUUGUACAAGAUCAAAAGAAGCAAUGGCUGACACAAUUAUAUGUUAGUAAAGAAAUUUACAGAAGAUGAAGAAAGCUAUUUUCUGCUUCCGCAGAUUUGGUUGGCACACCUUGAAACAAGAUAUCUGAGAACAAGCAGUUUCUUCUUUGUUACGCAUUAGCAUAUCCUAGUUCUUUACUUCCAUUGUUAAAUUUUAGCCAAAAAUAAAAAGUUUGGCCUUUUCCUUUUGGUCUCAACAAGUUCAAAAAGAAGUCUUUCAGAGUUUGGAAUCCUGGUUUGAUAUUUAUUCAGAUGAUUUUGUUAAUCAUGUUUAAGACUAAACGCUGAAUAAAUGCUUUUUCUGUCUGUGGAUACAUUUAGAUAGAAAUGUCUUUUUAUGAUGCCUAAAUACCAACGGGUUUAAGCUUUAGUUGUAGCUCAAAAUAUAAAAAAAAUAUAUUAAUGAUUGUCAUAAUGAAGGAAUUUCUGGAGACAUUUAGAGUAAUUUGUGGACAAGAGUGAGGGCUUUCAACGUCCAAGUUCAGCUUCUAUCAACAUACAAAAUUUAGGUAGGUUUUCAUACAUAACAUUAUUUAUGAGUCAGUUUUGAGAUAGGAGGCGAGGCUGGCUUAAGUAAGUUUUCAUACAUAACACUAUACAUGAGUCAUGUUUGAUUCUAAGUCACUAUAUAUGAGUCAGGUUUGAGGUAGGAGAGGAGGCUGAUAGGUGCAAAUUAAUCCUGUAUUGUAUUGUCAUGGUGAUAUAUCAAAGAUUUUUGUCCUAUGAGAAAUCCUAAAAAUUUUACAAAAUUUUACUUCUAUUGAAAUAUUCUUUCACUCAAUUUGCUAAUGAUUGUUU